AUGCAUCAUCAUCACCAUCCCGCCGGUCCCGUCAGCCAAGGGGAAGCCCCAGAUGCUGAUUUGGUUUGCAAUGCGGAUGCGGACAGCCAGACGGGAAGAGCCUUGUCGAUGGAAUGGAGACGUCUCGGCCGAGUGUGUGACCGUCUCUGGAUCGUCCAAGGCCGCGGUCGAUCCCGUCUGACGAUCGGACGCCCCCCCCGCCUUUGCUCCGGCGCACGUGAAAACGAGGGCCGGGGCGGUGAUGGCCCCCCGGUUCUGCAGCGAGGCUCGGCCGCCUUGUCCCCCAUCGGCCCCGAUCUGACUGAUCAAACCGGCCUGCGGGGCUUUUGUGGUUUCCCCGGGAGUGUAUAUAGCAGCAAGCGUUUCGUUACGACCAACAUGGUGGAGUGUCUCAUUGCCAAGAGCGAUGCGUCGCGGGAUGAAGAAGUAGCCGUCUGGGGUUUUCGAGCCAAGACAUCGUGA